AUGGCGGAGCAGAUCGAGUCGUUACGCGCCAUUCUGCUGAGUCUGGUGACCGCGGUAGCGUCCUCACCAGCCGUGGGUUGCCAGAUUGCGGAUCAGCUGGACGCCGCAGGAAGGGGUCCUACAAAAGAAUCGGAGUCCGCCAUUGCUCCUGCCACGCGGGAAGAAGCCGACGUUUUGGGCGGGGCGGCUGCGCUGGAGCCGCCGUCCACGUGCGGAGGCCGGGUCAUCCGACCGCCGGCCGACUACGGCCGCGUGUUUCAACUUCCCCUCGAUGACGAGUCAAAAGCCAAAACGGCAUUCCGCACGCCGCAAGGUCUCUUUGAAUUCAAUCGGCUGCCACCCGUUCCUCCGUGCACUUGCCUGACGGGCACGCACCGCUGCGCGGCACCGCCCACCUCGCCCUGCCCGGUUAUGGGGGCGAUAGCGAAUGAGGACGACGUGGAGGCGAUAGCAAAUGAGGACGACCAGAAGGUGUCGGUGGACACCGAUGAUACCUUACGGCUGCCGCACGCGGUCUGGUUACAAGUGCAGUUAGCAGUGAUAGAGAAGCUAGCUUUCAAGAAGUGGCGCCAAACGCUCGCAGAUCUGGAUUACCAACACUACAGAAACUGCAAAUCGGCCGCGAAGCGAGUAGUAGCAGCGGUGAAAUUAGCUCAAUACGACCAACUGUAUGUCGAACUGGACACCCCAGAAGGUGCCAAUAAGAUCUAUCGACUGGCAGAGGCGCGCCAUCGUUCGACUCAGGAUAUUGGUCAGGUUAAAUGCAUAAAGGAUGAGAAUCACAGCACUCUCAGAGACCCGCCCGCCAUCCUCCAACGCUGGAGCGACUACUUCUCUGGAAUCUGCAACCAGGAAUUUCCCCACCCACCGAUUAUUAGCGCUGAACAUGUCCUCGGUCCCGUUUUGCCUAUCACCAUCAUCGAAGUGGAACAAGCUAUCAAGAGAAUGAAGAAUGGGAAAGCGACUGGCCCGGACGAUAUCCCUGCUGAGGCCUGGAAGAUCCUUGGCAGGCAGGGUGCUGCCCUCCUUACCCAACUCUUCAGCACCAUCACGAGCACCGGUGAGGUCCCAGAAGCCUGGUCGACCAGCACGACGGUUCCAAUUUGGAAGGGUAAAGGGGAUGUGGCCGAAUGCUCGAAUUACAGGCCAAUCCGGCUCCUGUGUCAUGCGAUAAAGAUCUUUGCGCGAGUUUUGGACACGAGGAUUAGAAACAUCAUCACCCUAUCACCCAACCAAUGCGGCUUCGUCAAAAUCAGCGUUGGAGUGCACCAAGGAUCGGCCCUGUCACCACUCCUGUUUAUCCUGUGCUUGGACACGAUCACUGCCGACCUGCACACGCCCCUGCCAUGGUCAAUUCUCUAUGCGGAUGACGUCCUCCUCUCAGAUGAAGAGAGAGGAGAUGUGGAAAGACAAACACGCCUGUGGAAGGAACGUUUGGAUGAAAACGGGAUGAGGUGCAACAUCAAAAAGACGGAGUAUAUGAGUGGCUCCCAAACCGACGGCACCAUCAGCAUUGACGGAGAAGAUCUGAAGAAAGUGACGGACUUUAAGUACCUGGGCUCCACCAUCGGCUCAGAUGGAAGCAUCACAACUGAUGUGAGGUCACGAGUCAAUGCGGCAUGGAUGAAGUGGAGGCAAGUCACCGGAGUCCUCUGUGAUCUGAAAAUGCCGGAUAGGCUGAAGGGAAAAAUUUACAAGACCAUCGUCCGACCGGUGGCACUCUAUGGAUCCGAGUGCUGGCCAGCCACAACUGUACACGAACAAGCCCUCCAUACCAUGGAGAUGAGGAUGCUCAGAUGGAGCCUUGGACUGACUCGAUGGGAUCGUGUCAUGAACGAAAACGUUCGGAAGCGACUUGGUGUGGCCCCCAUUGCGGACAAGAUACUUGAGGCAAGGCUUCGGUGGUACGGCCAUGUGAUGCGUGAAGAGUCAUCAGUGGCCAAGACUGCCAUGCGUAUUGAGCCAGAGGGCCGCCGUCCACGCGGACGUCCGAAGAAGCGAUGGAUGGAUCGAAUAAAGGAAGACAUGAAGACGGUCAACGCA